AUGUCUCCUAAACGAAACGCCGGAUGGGACACCAAGGAUAUGAGAGCCCCCGUCCCUGGCAGCUCUGGGUGCAGCUCGCUGGACCCCUCCAUGGUCGGCCUUACAGGGAUUCCUGUCAGCUCAUCAACCGGUCAUCCCCAUUCGACUUGCGUCAACCCACAUGCGGGCUAUGCUACCGCUCACCCGGAUUCUGUAACUUUCUUAGCCCCCGAAAAUUAUUUAUCAAACCCACAAGACUCCACAAAUGAGCACAUGGGCUCUCUAUACAGCUGGUCUAGUACGUCCAACGCAGAAGAAUUAAAACCAUCUUCAUCCGCCGACUCUGGCGUCUGCUCUGCCUCAAACUCGCCCUUCAUGCAAUCCUUCUACAAUUUCGGGACCGCCACGCAGCCAGCGGCGCAUCCAGAUAUGACAGACACAAACGGCUACACCCCGCAACAGAUCAAUAAAUGGUGCAUGGAAAGUGAUCCCACCGGUAGCAGCUUCUAUCAACCUACAGCCUCGUACCCGGCCAUCAGUCCACUUGCAUUUUCACCAGCAGAGAUGCCAUCAAAUGUUUACCCAACACUAAACCAGAAUAUGAGCACCGCUGCAGAACAGUGGUUCCCCAUGCCGGCAUUUGCCAGCCCACCAUCUCCUCACAGCAAUACAAUUCCAAUCCCAAUCCCAGCACAGGAUAACAGCUUCCUCUCACCAUCCGCUACAGCCCUCUCACUCGACUCCUCCUCUGUCAUCAGUACCUCUCCCGCCCCCACUCUCUCCGACUUCGAAUCCAAGUCAUCCUCGCCCCCGUUCAACCCCGCCGACCUGACACGCUACGGCAUUCCAGCUGGCGAUGGGGUCUGGCGCUGCGCCCACCCGGGCUGCACAUCACAAGCAUUGUUCCGCCGAGGGUGUGAUCUGCGUAAGCACUACAAUCGACACCGCAAACAUCUCUUUUGUCGACAUGAGGGUUGUCCUCAAUCCAAGCAAGGCGGAUUCUCAAGCAAGAAAGACCGUGCGCGCCAUGAAGCUAAGCAUAACCCCGGAAUCGUCUGUGAAUGGGAUGGAUGUGGACGCGUGUUUAGUCGGGUGGACAAUAUGAAAGACCAUGUGAGGCGAAUUCAUCGACGGGCUGGAAGCCGUUGA